UGUCUGUGAGGUUGGCCUCUGCAGAGGCAACCUUGAGGUCCCAGGACCCACGUGAGUGGAAGUCCAUCAGAAGCCCCUGUGCGCCCUGCCUGAGCCAUGGACACCUGCGAGGAAUCCCCCAUUGUGUCCCUGGCGCCCACAUAUUCCAAGGACCCUCAGGCGAAGAUGUCCGCCCAAGAGAGUUGCCUCAGCCUCAUCAAGUACUUCCUCUUCGUUUUCAACCUCUUCUUCUUUGUACUAGGCGGCCUGAUUUUCUGCUUUGGCACCUGGAUCCUCAUUGACAAGACCAGCUUCGUGUCCUUUGUGGGUUUGUCCUUCGUGCCACUGCAGACCUGGUCCAAGGUCCUGGCUGUCUCAGGUGUCCUCACCAUGGCCCUGGCUCUCCUGGGCUGUGUGGGUGCUCUAAAGGAACUGCGCUGUCUCCUGGGCCUGUAUUUUGGAAUGCUGCUGCUCCUGUUUGCCACACAGAUUACCCUGGGCAUCCUCAUUUCCACUCAGCGGGUCCGGCUGGAGCGAAGGGUGCAGGAAUUGGUGUUGCGGACGAUCCAGAGCUACCGCACGAAUCCGGAUGAGACAGCGGCAGAGGAGAGUUGGGACUAUGCACAGUUCCAGCUGCGCUGCUGCGGCUGGCAAUCUCCGCGGGACUGGAACAAGGCCCAGAUGCUGAAAGCGAACGACUCUGAGGAGCCCUUCGUGCCCUGCUCCUGCUACAACUCCUCGGCGACUAAUGACUCCACCGGCUAUGAUAAGCUCUUUUACUCCCAGCUAAGCCGGGUGGGGCCGCGGGCGAAGCUGAGGCGGACUGAUGACAUAUGUGCACUUCCCGCAAAAGCCCACAUCUACCGUGAGGGCUGCGCGCAGAGCCUCCAGAAGUGGCUGCACAACAAUAUCAUCUCCAUAGUGGGAAUCUGUCUGGGAGUCGGUCUUCUUGAGCUCGGCUUCAUGACGCUCUCAAUAUUCCUGUGUAGAAAUCUGGAUCACAUCUAUGACCGGCUGGCCCGGUACCGCUAGGCCCCAGCCCACCCGUCGGCACCCACGCACCUCCAUGCAGUCAGGAAAUGUUUCCUUCCUGGUUGGUCACAGGCUUGGAGCCCAGUGCCUCGGGCCUCAUUCCCUGGGGACCCAGCUGUCUGCCCUAUCGACAGCCUUCACUUCCCCCACAUGGCCAGGGACUUUCGUGCCCAGCUUCCUUCCCUUCCCUGCUCCCUCCUCCCCACACCAUCUGUCUGCCACCUCCCACAUGACACCUCAAAUAAAUCCCCUUCGAUUUUUUUUUUU